CGAUCUUCAAGAUUCCGAUGCAUCCAUUCAAAGAAAAGGAACCUGGUCGAUCAGAAGUUUGCGAAGGACGAGCCACAACAAAGCAUUCUGAGAAGCUGGCGAGCAUCGAGCGGACAGCGGACCUGCUAGCCUGCAUAAACCGAGGCAUACCUCAAUCUUCAUCGAUCUGGAAUACUACUAGUAGAAAAUGUUUGGUUCUGCUGGGCAAGAUGGAACUGAAGACUGGAAUCAUUUCCAGAGAAAGUACGGGCAACAAGGAAAGGCAACCAAGCACCUGAGCCAUCUCAUGUCUGGAAGCAACCACAACACCAAGAAGCAAGCAUUUGUGCCAGUUGAUUCCCAAACCAACAAGAAUGGUGGAAUUCUGAAGACUCUGGCCAGCUCUUCAGUGCUGCUGGUGCAAGCAGCUUCCGGAAGUGGCAAAAGCAACAAACUCACCAAACCCGGAACCAGCAAAGCCCAUUUCAUUAAGGGCUCAGAUCUCAGCGAAAGCAGUGGAGGACAACGGAAGAGACUUCACGAGGAUCGAAGAAGAAGCAGCAGGUAGCAAGGCAGGAAGUUUGUCCGCGUGGAAUUGGCAAUACUGGACUGUGGAGGGGGCUUGAAGCACCUCCACGGCAAGUGUCUCCACAUUUGAACCUAUUAAUAGAAUACCUAGCUUCGUUUCUGCCCGAUACUAAGGCGCAAAUUGCACAACCAGGAAGCUAAAUAACAAAAUGCAUAUAUCUAACUUUUGGAUGAAAAGCAACCAGUACCGUACGUAUGCAUGUCGCCAUUGAAAGCACCGCAUGCCAUCUGAGAGAAUUCUCAAAGUGACAAUAAAUUAGGAUUAGG